CUCAGGUGGGGUUUGUGUGUUCAGCUGCCUGACAGACUGAAGCUGUGCUGCUGUGCAUCUUGCACACUUGGUACAAGCAGAGUACAAACGACACAUCGCUUCCUCCGGAGCAAUACGGAGGAGCUUUGGGACUUUAAAUUUGCUGUCUGUAUGUCAAGAUGUCGUUUCAUUUUACUGAUAAAUGUUUCCAAAAUAAGAGACUGAGGAAGUUAUAGACGCAUGGCCAGUUUUAUGACAGAAGAUCAAAGGUGAGAUUUUAUUUCCACCAUGUCAACCAAUGGGAGCUCAGAAGCAGGCUUGAGGUCAGAGGUCAGACCCACCAACAACACCUACAGCCAGAAGGAACUGUCCAUUACAGCCUCUGUCGUCUCCAUGACUGUGGGAAUCUUCUCCAACAGCCUCGCCCUCUUCAUCCUGGUCAAAUCCUACAACCGCAUCCGGAUCAAGUCCAAGGCAACUUUCCUGCUGUUUGCCAGCGGCCUAGUUCUUACCGACUUGCUGGGCCACCUCAUCAUCGGCUCCCUGGUGCUUUUUGUCUACAGCUCUCACAAGAAAUGGGAGACCUUUGACCCCCACCAUAUCAUGUGCAGCCUUUUUGGCGGGUGCAUGGUGUUCUUUGGCUUAAGCCCCCUGUUCCUUGGCAGUGCUAUGGCAGUGGAGCGCUGCAUUGGCGUCACCAAGCCCCUCUUCCACUCUACAGCGGUGGUGUCACGCCACAUGAAGAGGCUGCUGGCUCUCACCUGGCUGCUUGCCGCCCUAGUUGCUGUAUUGCCAGUGUUGCUGUGGAAGCCCUACGAGGUUCAGCGCUCCGGGAGCUGGUGCUUCUUCCACAUGGAGGAACCCAAAGACUGGUUAGACGUGCUAUUCCCUCUGCUGUUCUCUAUGCUUGGGUUGAUGGCAUUGCUGCUCUCCAUUGUGUGCAACACUCUGACAAGCUGCACUUUGCUGCAAUCCCGACUGCGGCGCAAGUAUCAUUGCCGAGGUACAUCUUACUCUUACCAUGUGGAGAUGGUCUGCCAGCUCCUGACCAUAAUGUUAGUGUCCUGCGUGUGCUGGGGCCCAUUACUGAUUCACAUCAUCAUGCAGAGCAUCCAAACCGAGAGUGAACCUACAUCCUUCAGUCUUCUGCUGGUGGUGCGCAUGGCCACGUGGAACCAGAUCCUGGAUCCCUGGGUCUAUAUUCUCCUGAGGAGGUCUGUACUGGGGAAAAUCUACAGCUUGUUUCACAGCUCCUGGAACCCAGAAUCACAAGACCAACAUGUCUGGAAGCGCAGUGUGCUCGGUAGCUCAAUGGAGACCAACAACCCUGCUGAUGGCACAUCUAACAGCCGGUGCCUUAGUAGAUUACCAGAAACUGCGAUCAGUACCAUCACCUGAACCUUGGUCCAAGUGUUUCUCUC